AUGGAUGGUUUUUCAUUGGAUGAGUUGGUUUUUGAUCCAUCGAAGUGCAGUAAGUUGAGCCUGGAGCAAAAAAGAGAGCUAGUCUAUGAAUUAUCAAAUUGGUCAGAUGGUGCUACAGAUAUCCUUCAAUCUUGGAGCCGCCAGGAGAUCUUGCAAAUUCUUUGUGCAGAGUUGGGAAAAGAAAGGAAGUACACAGGCUUAACAAAGUUAAAAAUAAUUGACCACCUUCUGAGAGUUGUAUGUGAAAAAAAAUCACAGGUGUGUGGAACUGCAAGCGUUCCUGAAGCACAGCCUUCACAAGAAACUGGUGAGAGGACUCCCAAACGGCCAAGAAAAUCUGAUCACCCACAUCGCUUGCUUGUUGCCGGAAAUACUGCUACAACUAAUGUUCUAGAUGGUGAUUCAAGUAAUACCACUUACUGCAAAAAUUCAGCUUGCAAGGCUAAAUUGAGUAACAGAGAUGUAUUUUGCAAAAGAUGCUCAUGCUGCAUCUGUCACCUGUACGAUGACAACAAGGAUCCGAGUUUGUGGUUGGUUUGUAACUCAGACCCUCCUUUCCAUGGUAAUUCAUGUGGCAUGUCAUUUCACCUUGAAUGUGCUCUAAAGCAUGAAAAAUCUGGCAUCUCGAAAGAUAGGAAAGAUGAAGGGCUUGAUGGGAGCUUUUGUUGCAUGUCUUGUGGAAAAGUGAAUGAUUUACUCAGCUCCUGGAGAAAACAACUGAUAGUGGCGAGGGACACCAGACGAGUAGACAUAUUAUGCUAUCGACUCUCCUUGAGCCAAAAGAUUCUUGCUGGUACUAAACAUUACCAAAAUCUAUAUGGAAUCAUAGAUGCAGCCGUGAAAAAGCUUGAAGAGGAAGUGGGUCCAUUAACUGGUUUGCCUGUAAAGAAGGCAAGAGGCAUUGUGAACAGGCUCUCAUCUGGCCCGGAAGUUCAGAGACUCUGUGCUUCCGUUCUGGAUUCUCUAGACAUGAUGCUUUCGAACCGAGUGUCUGCUGUUCCUCUUGAUCAUGAUAUGCUUGCCGCACAACUUAUCAGGUUAGAAGAUAUAGGUAUUUCAUCACUCAUGGUGAUUUUGAAUUGUGCUGAUUCAAAUUUGGGAAAUGUCACGGGUUAUACUUUAUGGUACCGGAAAGCUGAUGAUGCAGACUAUCCAGAGGAACCUACCUUGAGAUUGUUCGCACCAAAUUCGAGGUAUUUGCUUUCAGGUCUAACCCCGGAUACUCGUUAUCUUCUCAAGGUCGUGCCCCAUGGCAGUAAUGGGGAUGUGGGAACGUGUGAGGUUCAGUUCCAAACCAGUAGUUCUCCGGUCAAAUUUUCGGACUCUAAAAGCUUGGAAGUAGAUAGAAGUCAAAGUCCGGCUACCAACUGUAGCAGCCUUUCUAAUCCUUCUUCUGUGGAAGAUGAAACUAAUAAUGUCGUGCCCUGCGGCAAUGGGGAUGACAAUAGAGAGGGUAAUUAUCUUGGCUAUUGCAGAAAUGUUGAUAAAACCGCCUCGAUAAAUUUACUUAAUGACGCCAACAACUGCUCUGACGAGAGACAAAAAGAGACUACUAGAAAUGCAGUCUGUCUGUUAGAUGAAGAACAUAAUGCAGAUGAUGUAAACCUCAAAAACAAGGACUCUUCAGAUGGUCAAAUGGUCAAGAAAACGAGCCCUGAUAAUGGGACAAACAACCCUCUUCCUACUGGAUUGGAAUGCGUGCCAUACACUCCUUGCAAGUUGGAGAAUGUGAAGGAUGGGAUUGGAAAGAACAACGGACCCAAACUUGUGGGUAAGGAUCUUGAUAUUGUGUCCAGGAGGGAUGAGCCUCAAGCGGGCAGCUCAUCAAAGAAGAGUAUUGGGGAAAGAAUAGACGAGGAGUGUAGUGGAAUCGGAGACAAGGAUUUUGAGUAUUACGUCAAAGUAAUCAGAUGGUUGGAGUGUAAUGGUCAUAUUGAGACAACCUUUAGACAGAAAUUCUUGACUUGGUACAGCUUGAGAGCAAACCCACAGCAGGUGAGGGUCGUGAAAGUCUUUAUCGAUACAUUUAUCGAGGAUCCGACCUCUCUUGCUGGACAACUUGUUGACUCCUUCUCGGAUGUUAUGUCAAACAAGAGUAGUAGUUCUAUGGUACCAGCAGGAUUUUGCAUGAAGCUUUGGCACUGA